UCUUUUGUAACAGAUAUUGAAACAUUUUCAAUAUCCCCAUUAUGGAUUUCCACGAUGCAAAGGGGUUCCACCCAACAUCCCUAUCAAUCUGCACCCUCGAAUAUUACCAGAGCUGAAGAUACGCCCAGAAUUCGAGGGUUGACUCAAGGUCCUCCAUCUCCUGCUAUUCCCAAAUAUCGACUACCCCCUAGCGCCGGCGCUCUCUACUUUCAAAAAGGGAGAGACUGUCGAGCGAGAUGCGUAUAGAGGUAGCGCUGGAUGAAAGGGAGGAAAGAACGGGAGAGGUCUCUCUCCCAGCAUCAGUGCGAGAAUGGACCGACGUCGCGACGCCACGCGUCCGCCAGCCGCGAUGGGGAUAGUAGACGGCGGAAAAGUAGAAACGACUAGAAACUAAAAAAAUCGCGAUGUAGUCCCCGGGGGCAGCACUCGAAACUAUAUUUAUAAAAAUCACAAAAGUCUUCCACUAGCAUAAUUAAAAAUUAUUAAUCCACGUUAAGAUCAUUAUACAUACCUUAUCUCGUAAGUCGAUUAUAGUCAUCGUGGCGCAAUUUAUACGUUGCGCAUAAAUCACAUUAAUCUUUGCAACGAAAGGGGACAGGCCUUUAGUGUCCGUAGAAUGAAAAAUUAACGAGCCGAUCGAAUCUUUUUUGCAAAGAUCAUUAACGCGGGAAAUUAUCGACGCGCCGAUGUCACGUUAAAUAAACCAUACGAAAUCCAUGUGUCUCCGACUAAUUAUAAGGUUAUCGAUUCUACCACAAUAUAUAACACAUUUUCUACUAAAUCCACGUGUCUCCAGUUCGCGGUUGAGCGAUAAAUAAUCAUUAAUUAUGAAAGAGAUAAAGGCCUUGAUACCAACGUCCCGCUCGACGACGAUUGAUUAAUCGAAGAACUUUAAUAGCGUGCCUGAUCCAGCGUCUUCCUUAGUAUUUAAAUAAAAAUAUUAAUAUACGUAUAUCAUAUACUAUUACUACAUUAAAGUACGAAUAAAUUGUACAAAAAUAUAUAUAAGUUUCGUGAGCCAUAAAAAAGAAUUGCUCUCGAAAAGGGGUGAAAAUUAAAGAAAAAAAAAGAUAUACAUAUAUUUCGUGAAGUAAUUAAAAGUGAACUGUUCCAUAUAGAAGAUAUUUCAACGAAUUGAAGCCCGGAAGAAGAUUUGCGAGGAGCGAAGAGGAGUGCAUCGACAUUGAAGAAAAUCGCAGGAAGAUUGUCGCGGUUAAGGAAGCAGAAAGCCCUCGUGUACAAAAGACCUGGUCGGCAUAAAAUAAGGGAGGAAGCCAUUAACUCUUCGCCGCCCUGGAACGACUGUUACUCUUCCUCUUCUUUUUGUCUAAUGCGACUUCCACGCUUCGCGUCUCACUCUACGUCCCAUUCGAGGAUCAAGAUACCCAUUCAUUUGCAUGUAAAUCCUCGUGGCUUCUCGACGCUCAUUGUGGAUACGCCAACGCUUUCACCCUGAUGCCGUACAAUUAGCGAGACCAGGAAUUACUGGAGAAUUUCAAUCAGAAUUAAUCGUUCUGCUAUCACUCGCUAAUUCUUACAUAUACUCAUCCAGCAAUUGUUGUUAACCCAAUGACUAUGUCCACGUCGGUACCAUUGAAAGCGGCCCGUGGCCGUGGACCGGCUGAUGGUCGUGCCUUUUUUGAGCGGUUGUGGCGAGGAAAUUUCUUUUUGGAUCGACAAAAGGUUAUGAAGCGUUCGCGCAAGAGAAAAGUACAAGCCGGCAAGCAGGCUAACGGGAAGAAAAAGAAAGGGCAGCAACAAUCGAAACAGCAUUGUUGCUGCUGUCAGAGAAUACAACUCCAUUUACUUGCUGGACGACGUAACAACAUACGUUCCUCGGUCGUCAGCGUUCGAGAGACACAUCAGAUAGCCGAGGCGCAGCAGGAGAAGAAUGCGAAGUUACGCGAGGCAUUUGGAAUAUCGGAAUUCUUCGUGGAAGGAAGCAGCUUGGAUCCUGAGAGACACGCAAGAGAAGCCGAGGCUCGGGCGGCAGCCAGCAAAGUCUACGAACUCGUUCGUACACCGAGUCCCGCGCCGGACACCACAUCGGCGCCUGAGAAGAAGGCCAAGAGAAAACGAUCUGGCAGCAGUACGAAGAAGAAGAAGGGAAAGAAGCACAAGCGAGACAGAUCCGAGUCCCCGGCUAAAAGCAACAAAAAGAAGGAGAAGUCUAAGAAGAAGAAGAAGGAAAAGAAGCACAAGAAGACCGAAGUAACGUCAUCCGACAGCGACUCCACCAGCGAGGAUUCUGAUGACAGCAGCUCCUCCGAAAAUGAGACGAAGAAGAAGAGGAAGAAGAAGAAGAAGAAAUCGAAAUCAGAUGCAAAGGAGAAGCACGAGAAGAAGAAGGCCACAACCAAAAGAAAGCAUCAGUCAUCCGAUAGCUCCUCCGACAGUUCUCCGGAGAGACCAAAGAAGUCCUUGAAACAUGAGAAAGCCUCGGAAGCUGUGCAAAAUGAGGAAGCUGAGAACUCGAGGAAGCGCACUGAAUAUUUGCGGAAGGAGCUGGAACAACUGGAGAAAAAGAUAAAGGAACGUGAGCAAAAGGAAGCCGAAGCACAGAAUCAACUCAAGAAAGACAAACAGUUGGAGGAAAGAUCGAGGCGCAAAUCACGAUCGGCAUCGCCCAAACAAAAAUCACUGAGAAAUCGCUCGCCUAAGAAGCAGGAUCAUCAGAGGAAUGAAUCACUAUCGUCCACUAGGAGAAAGGAAUCACCCGGAAGGCGAUCCACUGGGGAUAAGAGGGACAAGUCGCCAUUUGCUCAGAGAAGUUCACCGGGUCGUCGUAACAGAUCACCCUCGAGGAGCAGAAACGACAGGAGAUCGCCUAGAAGAUACUCCAGAUCAAAACGUAUGAGUCCAUCGCCCAGAAGAAGGCGGAUUUCGAGGUCUCCCAGGAGACGUAACAGAUACUCGAUCUCAAGAAGCAGAAGCCGUUCUAGAUACGACCGCUAUGGAUCACGACGUAGAAUGUCGCUUAUUAGACGCAGGAGAUCAGGUUCUAGAAGAAGAUCUAGGUCACCGAGGAGACCCAGAGACAGAAGGGAACGCUCUAGGGAACGGUCUAGGGAACGGUCUAGGGAAAGAUCUAGGGAACGAUCUAGAGAACGAUCCAGGGAACGGUCCCGAGAUCGUCGCAGAAGUCGCAGCAAGUCCAGGAGUCGUUCUCGACGAUCUAGCCUGAGCUAUUCGCCUAUCAGGAAGAACCCGGAACGUUACAAGGAUAUUUUGGAGGACAAGAAGAAGAGCAAGAAACGUGAAGAGAAGAAACAGAAAUCUCGAUCGAUUUCCAGGAGCAGAAAGAUGCAAGUUGUAGCGCCCAGGGUCAGUUUACGAUCAUCCAGCGAGGAAGAACCAGAUAUCAUCGAGGACGAUCCUAAGCCCGAAGACGAAGAACGUCAGAAGGAACUCAAUACUCUGAAACGUCUUCAAAGUGGCUUAGCUGCGAAAGCCAGAGAAACUUUGGGCAAAAAAGUUAUAAGCCCUGUGAAAAUAAAGGUGGAGAAGAUAGAUGACAGCGUGCUUGACAUAGCAUUGCCUAGCGAGCCACCGAAGGCAAUUCGGAAAGUAGACACGCCAACUAAAGAGAAUUCUAAGUCAAAUUCGCCAGUGGAACUUCCUCGUGUACCGUCUCCAGUAUCCAGCAAAUCGCCAUCCCCGGCAUUGCCUUUGACACGUGAAGAAGCCAUAAUAAAGUUGAGAUCCCCCAGCGAGUCACCACCGCCCUUACCACCGACAGUUGUGACACAAAUCAAUAACAGAUCCAAAUCUCCAUGUGCAUCCAAGAAAAGUUCUGCAUCAGAAUCUACAUCCGUAGCCAGGUCACACUCCAAAUCACGUUAUGCGUCUCCUGAGAAGGAUAUAAGGGACAAUAGAUCAAGAUCACGAUCAGAACGUAGAGAGUCUAGUUCAAGUUCAAAGGUCCAGUCUCCGGGUAGAGCAAAUGUGAAAUCUCUGUCUAAAUCCCCUAACCAGAAUAAGAAUGCACCUAAGGAUCGCAUAGUGCUGCAAUCUAAGUCACCGCCUAAGCGAAAAUCUGGUAGCAAAUCGCCCUCGCGUGUUUCAGUGAAAUCCAAAGAUACCUCACCUAAGAACAUGUCGAUAUCAAGAUCAGCAUCUAGAUCGCCCGAGCGUGCGGUAUCCAAGAGAAAUACAGUCUCCAGAUCAGCGUCACGAUCAUCAGUCAGAUCCAGGAAACAUUCGCCAAGAAAUAAAUCCUCCUCGAGGUCACCAUCAAGAUCUUAUACAAGAUCUAUGUCCUUGGAGAAGAGAUCCUCUAAAACUCCAAGACAUAGAUCCUCGCGAUCGCCAUCCCGAGAUAAAAGAUCAAGAACACACUCUAGGGACAAGAAAUCCGUCUCGCCCAAGACCAGAUCGUCCAAGUCUCCUUCUAGAAGCAAGCAGUCACCCAAGUCCCCAGCGAAGGCCAAAAAAUCUAACAGAUCAAGAUCAAGAUCAAAACAAUCUGCAUCCAGAUCCCCGUCGCAUUCUAAAAAAUCGCCUUCGCGUUCCCCGAAGAAAUCGAUAUCCAGGAGUCGAAGCAGGUCACUGUCGAAAAGAUCAAGAAGUCGUUCCUUGUCAAAGAAGUCAAGAAGUCACUCCAGGUCCGCAUCUAGGACAUCCAGGGAAAAGCCGAAGAGGGGUUGCAGCAGGAGUAGUUCUAGAUCUUCCGCGAGUUCAGCCAGACGAAGUCGUAGAAGUUAUUCAAGUUCGUCAAGAUCAUCGAGCAGCGUUUCUAGUCGAUCAUCACGCUCGACCUCUAGUAGCUCGGCUUCCAGUAGAUCACGUUCCCCGUCAAUACCCCGUCGUCACGGUUCGCCAAGUUUCCUGGACCGUCGACGUAUCACCAGUGCUAGAAAACGACCGAUUCCAUAUCAUCGACCUACACCCUCACCACCAUCUUCGCCAAGCAGUUCGGAAAGCAGUCGGCAUAGUGACUGGUCAAGUCCAAGUCGACGCUCCAGCCGUUCUCCCAGUAGAAGUCCUUCGUACACCCGUUGACCACUGGAGAAAGGGGAGAAGGAGAUCGUAUAAUGAAUUAAAUGAAUAAAUGUUCCUUUAAAAGCUCUGAAUUCGCCAUGGCGAAUUACAUCGUGAGGCAAGUUCGCGCUUUAUCAUCUUUUUGGACUUAGGAAGCGCAGGUUGUUGAUCCCACAGUAGAAAACGGUUUCUUGCCUUUGAGGUGAGAAUUUUGGAACGGUAAUGUCGAGUAGUUAGGGUGGAUAGAUACUCGACAUGCAGCGAACUUCCGUCUUUUAUUCUAUUUCUUUUGGGCGAUUUACAAGCAAGAUAUGAAAUCUUAAAGAUUCACGAGUUGAACUCGAGGCACUUAAGAAUUUCUUUUUGAGUGUCGUACCAUUCCGCAAAUAUCUCUUGAUAGAUUAUUUAUUUAUUUAUUUAUUUAUUUAUUACACGUGAUAUGCAAGAUGGCAGCGAAUUAACUUUUGCAAUACUGCUCAGGAUUAUUUCUAUGCGUAAAUUUUUAUAAGUGAAUCUUCGUAUUUUAUUUCAUUACAAUUAUUGUAUUACGGAAUGUCUAUUUUUCUAGGAUUCUAGAAAGUCUAAGAACCAAUUUUAUUUAUAUUACUCAAAGAGGUCUUCUUUCUGUUGGAUAUCUCAUUCUCUUGUGGGAACAGUGAGAUUACAGAUUUUUUAUUCACAUUUCUUUUUGACAUUAUGUGACUUUAGUCGUAUCUGCAAGGGUCUGUGCAAGGCUCGACAAUUUUUUAAAGGAAAAAAAGCAAUAAGCACAUUCCGGAGGCUGUAAGUGAAAACGCUCAUAUUUAUUAGUUGCUGCUAGUGUCUGGCAAAUCGUACACUCGUUCAAUCGUUGUGUAGCUAUUUAUAUUAUUUAUUUCUAGUCAUGAAACGUACUACUAUUGUAGUUCUGUACAUUUUUGUCAUUAUUUCUUGGUGGGAUUGUUUGUUAUACAAACACAAUAUUUAUUCUAGUCGAAUUCACACCAUCAUUAUUAUUAUGACACUAUCCAAUUGUCGACGAAUCGAAUAUAAAUUGGAUCCACACAUUCCAAAUCCGGUAUAGGCCAAAAGAACAAGAAUAAUCUUGGGCAAAAUGUGAUUCGAUAAUUUAGUGCAAUGUUAUACUCAAGUCGCUCCUCGUGUGUACAUAUAGAUAUUUCUAAAAUACACCAUAGCGAAAGGCCAACAGUAUAAGGAUCAUUUAGUAUUGAGAUUCCUCGUACCUAAGAGCCAUAGACUUUGAUUAAUACUUAUUACUUAUAGUAAUAUUUAUUUAUUGUAACGUUAGUCGUCUCAUGGAACUCUUGAACCACCACAGCCUGUGGAUCAGAGAUCAAUGAAUGCUGAAAAGUAAAUACUUCACGAAGCUUGGUUUAAUUUUUUAUUAUUGAAACCAAGAUAAUUAUAAUGUAAAGAAUCGAAAGAAAUUCUGAAUCUAAUGAGAUAUGCUAGUCACUGAUAUAUUACUGUUUGUUGGCCAUUUAAUUGGUCGGGUAGCAUACCAAAAGACACGUUUAGAAUAUAGACUAUGAUUACUGAAAGUUAAGUCUGGAAAGAUAAUAUAUGUAAUAAGGUUGAAGAGCAUACUCAGAAAGUCUACAUUGUUUCUAACAAUUAUAGAGAGACUAUGUAGUGUUAGUUCUUGCAUAAUGACUGAAUGUCUGUUUUUUCCAAAAUCUUUGUCAAACGCCAUGGUAUCAGGAAUAUCGAUAUUUUUCCUGGUGAGCUAACCGCUUUUUGUAUAUUAAUACAGAAAGGAAGAAAGAUAUCGAUUGAUCUUUGACAUUUCUUGAUUACCGUUGACCCUUGACCUUUACUAUUAAUUACCCGCAAUCUCGAACAUAAAAUGUUACUAUCGUUAAAGUGGAAAUUCGGAUUAUAUCUGUAACAUACUCUGUAUUGUUGUUGUGUGAUUAAAUCAAAAUGCUUACA